AUGGCGUCUGUGGAACACAAGACUUGGACCUAUGGCGACGGUGCAGCCAGGACUUAUCUGUGUUCUACCGACCCCGGCCUCCUGCAACUGGACGCCCUAAACGCCGCGCUCGGUUCGGACAUGCUCUGGUGGGCCAAGGCCCUGCCUGAGGACCGGCUGCAGACGCUGGUCAAUAACUGCAUGAUCAUCGGUCUCUACUCGCUCGAGCCUGAAAAUUCGGGACAGCCCAUCAAAGGUAAUCUGAAACGCACAAUGAUCGGGGCCGCAAGGCUUAUCACAGACCGCGUCACCUUUGGCUACCUGACGGAUGUGUACGUCCUCGACGAGCACCAGCAGAGGGGCCUCGGUAAAUUCCUGAUGAAGUGCCUGAACGAGAUCGUGGAGAGCUGGCCCGAGCUGAGAGCUCUGUGGAUCCUCGCAAGCAGCCCUGAGAACCAGAAGAUGUACGCCAAAAUCUUUGAUGCCCAGGACUUCUUCGCAACCAACAAAAACCCCAACCUGAAGCUGCUGGAGAAGAAGGGCCCCGAAUCUAGUCACUGA